CGUAAAUCCAAAUUACCCCCUUUGCUCCCGGGCAAAUUGCAGAAACACCCUCCUCAUUUCUCGCGGCGGCUACGGCGACACCGCAGAUCUCCUCUCGCCCCUGGGCUCCGGCGACCUCGCUGGCCGUGUGAGCGGGAGAGAUGGAUCUGUGGAACAAGCUGCGGAGCCUGGAUGCCUACCCGAAGGUGAACGAGGACUUCUACAGUCGCACCCUCUCCGGCGGCCUCAUCACCAUCGCCUCCUCCCUCGCUAUCCUCCUCCUCUUCUUCUCAGAGAUCCGGCUGUAUCUAUAUUCUGCUACAGAGAGUAAGCUCACAGUUGAUACCUCAAGAGGGGAAAGGUUACAUAUCAAUUUUGAUGUUACAUUCCCGGCUCUUCCUUGCUCUCUUGUUGCUAUUGAUACGAUGGAUGUCAGUGGAGAGCAACAUUAUGAUAUAAGACAUGACAUAUUUAAGAAAAGAAUAGAUCAUCUUGGUAAUGUUAUUGAAUCAAGAAAAGACGGAGUUGGUUCCCCUAAGAUUGAGAGACCAUUGCAGAAUCACGGUGGUAGGCUUGACCACAACGAGGCGUACUGCGGGUCUUGCUAUGGUUCUGAAGAGUCAGACGAUCAGUGUUGUAACUCAUGUGAAGAAGUUCGUGAUGCCUAUCGGAAGAAAGGUUGGGCACUCACAAAUGUUGAAUCAAUUGAUCAGUGCAAGAGAGAGGGCUUCGUUCAAAGGUUAAAAGAUGAACAAGGCGAAGGUUGCAACAUUCAUGGAUUUGUAGAUGUCAAUAAAGUAGCUGGGAAUUUUCACUUUGCCCCAGGAAAACACUUGGACCAAUCAUUCAACUUCCUUCAAGAUAUGUUGAACUUUCAGCCAGAAAAUUACAAUAUAAGUCACAAGAUAAACAAACUGUCCUUUGGGAAAGAGUUCCCUGGUGUUGUCAAUCCUCUUGAUGGUGUAGAGUGGAAACAGGAGCAGGCAACUGGGUUAACAGGAAUGUACCAGUAUUUUGUGAAGGUCGUUCCUACUAUCUAUACAGAUAUUAGGGGGCGAAAGAUUCACUCAAAUCAGUUUUCUGUGACAGAGCACUUUAGAGAAGCAAUUGGCUUUCCUAGGCCUCCACCUGGUGUAUAUUUCUUCUAUGAAUUUUCACCAAUUAAGGUUGAUUUUACUGAAGAAAAUACAUCGCUUCUUCACUUCCUGACAAACAUCUGUGCUAUUGUUGGAGGCAUAUUCACUGUGGCUGGCAUAAUAGAUUCUUUUGUCUACCAUGGCCAUCGCGCGAUCAAGAAAAAGAUGGAGAUCGGAAAGCUUGGAUAAUUCCAAUAUGAGCAUAUAGUAUCCAGUAGGACGAUAGCCACAAAUUGAGUUAACAUUUGCUUGCCCUGAAAAGGAGUGAAGGAAGAGAGCUCAGGAGGAAUUUUGUUCAAUCUUGUAAUACCACUUGUACUCUACAUUUGCUAAUUAUUUGAUCCCAGGCCGUAGACGUUUCUUAUGUAAGCUAGAGUCGCAAUGUUUGCCUUAUAGGUCAAGUCUACUGUAACAUACUCAACCUUGUUGAAAAACUCUACUUUGCUCCU